CUCUUCCUCCCCGCCCUCCAUGACGGCGCCAGGCCCGCCCCGCCGCCAGCGCGGGAAGCAGCCGGGAGCGGAGACGGCCCUUCGGCUGCCCUCGGUGAACAGGUGGGAGCCAAGAUGCCUUCUGCACAGAAGCCGAUGCGCUACGGCCACGCUGAGGGCCACACCGAGGUCUGCUUUGAUGACACUGGAAGCUGCAUCGUAACCUGUGGCAGUGAUGGAGAUGUUAGGAUUUGGGAAAACCUGGAUGAUGAUGAUCCCAAGUCCAUUACUGUGGGAGAAAAGGCCUAUUCAUUCGCUCUGAAGAAUGGAAGACUGAUCACAGCGGUAUCGAACAAUACUGUUCAGAUACACACAUUUCCCGAAGGAGCUCCAGAUGGCAUCCUUACUCGUUUCACCACGAACGCAAACCACGUCAUCUUUAAUAAUGACGGUACCAAGAUUGCUGCUGGAUCGAGUGACUUCAUGGUCAAAGUUGUGGAGGUGACUGAUAGCAGCAAGCAGAAAACGUUCCGAGGGCACGAUGCUCCUGUUUUAAGCCUGUCUUUUGACCCCAGGGAUGUUUACCUGGCAUCAGCGAGCUGUGAUGGCUCUGUCAGAGUGUGGAAAAUUGCAGAUCAGACCUGCGUGACAAGCUGGCCACUGCUGCAGAAGUGUAAUGAUGUGAUAAAUGCUAAAUCAAUAUGCAGGCUUGGCUGGCAACCUGGCAGCGGGAAGUUGCUGGCGAUUCCUGUAGAUAAAGCUGUUAAACUGUACAGAAGAGAAACCUGGGAUAGUCAAUUCGAUCUAUCAGAUAAAGCCAUCACACAGCCCUUAAAUGUUGUGGCCUGGUCUCCUUGUGGGCAGUACUUGGCAGCUGGAAGCGUGGAUGGGAAUGUGGUGGUGUGGAAUGUGGAAACCCAGGAGUGCAUAGAGAGAAUGAAGCAUGAGAAGCGUUACUCAAUUCAUGGCCUGGCAUGGCACCCUAAGCACAGGCAAAUUGCUUAUACGGAUAAUGAAGGAAAUCUGGGCUUGCUGGAAAAUAUCGGUGAUGGAAACAAACCAAAUGACAAGGUUGCCAGUGCAGCGACAAAAGACUACAAUGACCUCUUUGAUGGAGAUGACGACGACUAUUUAAACGGAGAAAUGAUUGAACCGAUGUCUUCCCCGAAGGCUGGAGCUAAUGAAGAUGAUGGGGAUGAUGAUGACCUUAUGCCAACUUCAGGCCGUCUGAGACGGACGAUAAUUGAUGAUGAUGAUAACUCACUAGAUAUCGGGUUGAUAAAAGCUAGUUCUAAUCUCCUUGAAAAGGAAGAUAAUGAUGAUGAUGAUCAGGCCGGUGGCUUUACAGCUUUGCCACCAUCAUCUACACAGCAGCCGUUCUAUGAUGGGCCGAUGCCAACCCCCAAGCAAAAGCCAUUCCAGUCUGGCUCCACUCCUACACAUCUCAUGCAUCGCUUCAUGGCAUGGAAUUCUGUUGGUAUCAUUCGCUGUUACAAUGAUGAACAAGACAAUGCUAUAGACAUUGAAUUCCAUGACACCUCCAUACAUCAUGCCACACACCUGCCGAACUCUCUGAAUCACACGAUGGCUGACCUCUCUACGGAAGCCGUUUUACUGGCUUGUGAGAGUACAGAGGAGCUCGCAAGCAAGCUCCACUGCAUUCAUUUUACCUCAUGGGAUGCAAACAAGGAGUGGACGGUGGAUAUGCUGAAGGAUGAAGACAUUGAGGCCAUCUGUCUCGGUCAAGGCUGGGCCGCUUGUGCCACUAGUGCCUUGCUAGUUCGUGUGUUUACAGUUGGAGGAGUUCAGAAAGAGAUCUUCAGCCUCCCUGGUCCAGUGGUGUCCAUGGCAGGACAUGGAGAGCAGCUGAUCAUUAUUUAUCAUAGAGGUACAGGGUUUGAUGGGAACCAGUGUCUUGGAGUACAGCUCAUGGAGCUAGGGAAAAAGAAAAAGCAAAUUUUGCAUGGAGACCCUCUUCCUCUUACAAAGAAAUCAUAUUUGACGUGGGUUGGAUUCUCCGCAGAAGGGACCCCGUGUUACGUGGAUUCUGAGGGAAUUGUGCGGAUGUUGAACCGAGGACUUGGCAAUACUUGGAUUCCAGUGUGUAACACGAGAGAGCACUGCAAAGGAAAAUCCGAUCAUUACUGGGUAGUUGGCAUCCAUGAAAAUCCCCAGCAGCUCAGGUGUAUUCCUUGUAAAGGAGCCCGAUUCCCUCCUACGCUCCCCCGGCCUGCUGUAGCAAUAUUGUCUUUUCAACUUCCUUACUGUCAAGUCACAACGGAAAAGGGACAGAUGGAGGAGCAGUACUGGCGUUCUGUUGUAUUUCACAACUACGUGGAUUACUUAUCAAAAAAUGGCUAUGAGCUUGAUGAAAAUGCUAAAAGCCGGUCGGUGAAAGAACAGCAAGAGCUUUUAAUGAAGCUGUUUGCCCUUUCCUGUAAACUGGAGCGUGAGUUCCGUUGUGUGGAACUUGCUGACCUCAUGACACAAAACGUUGUGAAUUUAGCUAUCAAGUACGCUUCUCGCUCCCGAAGACUAAAUUUAGCUCAGCGGCUCAGUGAAAUGGCUGUAGAGAAAGCAAACGAGUUGGCAGCAGCACAGGAAGAUGAGGAGGAGGAAGAGGAUUUCCGAAAGCAUUUGAAUGCUGGUUACAGCAACUCUGCCACGGAGUGGAGUCGGCUGCCGGUCAGGAAUGUUCAGCAGGACCAAGAAAUGGAAGACACUGAGGAAGCUGAUGCCUAUGAGGAAGCAGAAGAAACGCCAGAAGUCCAUAAACAAAGGCCAAAUCCUUUCUCCAAAGGUGUCACUUCCACAGAGGUGACUACUCCAAAGUCUGUUGUAAUUGCAUCAAGUGGCCAAGGACGAGUGAAUCCCUUUAAGGUGUCAUCCAACAAAAAGGACCCACUCGUACCCUCGGCAAAUGUUCUAGACACUAUGACCAAAUAUUCAAAGAAAAAUACUUUGUCCAGCAGUCGAGGUGUAAACAAGCAGAACCCUCCAGUUAUAAAGCCUCUGAUUCCAAAACCUAAGUCCAAGCAGGCUUCAGCAGCCUCCUUCUUCCAGGCUCGGACACCUAACUCUAGUGAAAAAACAGGAGAAGAAAAAGCAGGAAAUGAGUCCCAUGAAGUCAAAGUCACCACACAGGAGAACACUGAAAACAAAAGGCCAAAGACAGGAUUCCAGAUGUGGCUAGAGGAGAACAGAGCAAACAUUUUGGCAGAUAAUCCUGAUCUGGAUGAAGCAGAAGUAAUAAAAGAAGGAAUGAGUCGAUUUAGAGGGCUGUCGUCAGAAGAAAGAAUGGUGUGGACUGAGAAAGCAAAAGGAGGAGCAGUUAAUGAUUUAUCAGAAGAUAAAAAGCGGAAGCGUCCAACAGCUGAUGAAGAUGAAACAGAAAAGAAUCAGGAGCAGAAAUCGGAAGAGUCAAAUUUAUCGAAAAAAACAAAGCCUUCAGAUCAAUCGACAAAUGUGAGAUUGUCAGCCUUUGCAUUCAAGCAAAGCUGAGCAAGGUGGGAUCUUCGCGGCACCUGCUUUUUGGAAGCACCAGAGGGAGAGUGUGUUUCCAAGUCUCCUUGGAGCCUUCUCUUCUCCAGGAUGAACAAGCCUGACUCUCUCAGCCUGUCGUCAUAGCAGAGGUGCUCCAGCCCUCGGAUCAUCUCCGUGGCCUCCUCUGGACUCACUAUAACAGAUCCAUGUCCUUCCUGUGCUGAGAACUCCAGAAGUGAACGCAGGAGUCCAGGUGGGCUCUCACCAGAGCAGAGCAGAGGGGCAGAACCCCCUCCCUCUCCCUGCUGGUCCCACUGCUUUGGAUGCAGCCCAGGACACUGGCUGCGAGUGCACUGUCUGUUUUGCAGCAGUGCUGGGUGGGUGGGUAUCUGCUGCUGCAAAUAGCUGCUCCCACAAAGCAUCCAAAGUCCUUUUGGCUCCUGUAAGAGGGAGGAAGCAUCCAAAACAAACUUCCCCAAGAGUUUUCUGAGAGCUGGACAUUGCAAUCAUGUUGCUCUUCUGAAUAAACAUGGCAAAGGUCUGUCUUAAAGGGAGGCUCCUGGAUUUAUUGGCUGUUUUCAUGGAAAUCCUUGGGGCCAUCAGGCUCUACCCUGCAAGUCCUUGCUUCCUAUUUGCUUUUCUCCUCGUUUAAUUUUUGCUGUAUAAUGGUUGUGGGUUUCAGCAGACCCAAUGUCCUCAGCCUUGGGGUCACAGUCUGGAUCUCACUGCUAUCCCCAUGGCUGGUGAGAGGUAGCCAAACUGUUUGGAAGAGCAGAUUGAAACCUGGUGUCAGAGCUGCCUGGCUGUGAUGGUGAUUGCAGCAGCGAUUUUUAAUUAUGAAACAGUUGCUGUGGUCCACAGCAAUAAAAUAACCAGCCAACAGGGGCUAUCGAGAUCAUGGAAGGGAGUACCUGGCUGCUUUUAUGCUGGGAAGAUCAUCUCCCAGCUAGGCUGCUCUUAUGUUUCUUUCAUCAAAUAUGGGGUUUGUUCUAUUACACAGCUCCAGGCAGAACUGCAAAUAUCCCUCUGGCACCUGGAGCCUUCCAGGGAGCUGCACUGAGCCAGCCAGGAGCGGGGCGUGCUCAUCCAGGAAAAGCAUCGGCAGGACAGCCCUAUGUACAACUUUCAGUUCAGGUGGAAAUGAAAUGCCAAACCAAAAAUGAGUAGAAAAUGUGGAAUGGAUUUCCAAGUGAAAACAGUUAACGCAAAUCAACUUCUCCACAUGCUCCGUGUGUGAGUCUGUCAUCCUCUUCUCUUUAAUUGUGUUAUUUGACCUUAAAAAUAAUCCCUUUCUUAUCCAUGAAGAAGAAAGUCAGGUUAAAAAAGUAGCUUAUGAAAACAGACAGCAGUCUGCAAGAGGAUCUUGCUGAAUAUUUGUGCGUAUGGCAUUUUGUUGUUGGCAGUUUUGUUACCUCUGUUGCUUCUCUUGCUCCAUAUCUCACCCACAGAUGCUCUUUGUUGGAAGGAUGCAGAUACUAAACCCCACAAAAUAGUGCCAAAAUGAUGGGUAGAUUCUUAACAGCUUUUCAUGGAGAGCAUAACCCAAAGGAGUAAGCACCCACCUCUCUCCUUCUGCAGCUGACAGAGCAUUCCAAGCCCUUUGUCUUACGAAAACACCUAUGAAUUACCUAUGAGGUGUGCUGGAGCUUUGCUGAUCUCUUGGACUUCAGAGGGAGCACUGGAUCCACUGGAAGCUCAGCAUUUAUUCAGAGAAAGAACAUUGGUAUUAUAAAUACAUAAAAUAUCUGCUCACCUCCGAAAGAAGAUUUUCUUUGGUUUUUCCUGUAUUUGCUCAAUGAUAUCAUUUUGCCAUUAAAGAUAACAAUGCCGCAACAG